GCGACGGAGGAAGGCCUCGCCUCCUGCGCGCGCGUGGUUGCGCUGGGCGUUCGGGAGGAGGGAUAUGGCGCGUGAGCUGAGGGCUCUGCUGCUGUGGGGACGUCGCCUGCGUGUGUCGGCGCUGGCGGCCGCCCCGGGAGGAAAACCAGCUCUGUGUCUUUGGAGGACUCCAGUCCAGUCCAGUUGCCCCAGGCGAACCCUGGCUUUGAGCUUCCACCCUGGACGUCCAUUCAGCUCGCAAGCUGCUGAGGACCGGAAGGAGGAGCCCCCCCAUUCCAUCAUCAGCAGCACAGAGAUUGUGCAGGGUUCUGUUUCCAAACAUGAGUUCCAGGCUGAGACAAAGAAGCUUCUGGACAUUGUUGCCCGUUCCUUGUACUCGGAAAAAGAGGUGUUUAUACGGGAGCUGAUCUCCAACGCUAGUGACGCCUUGGAAAAAAUGCGUCACAAGCUGGUGUCCGAAGGCCAAACGCUGCCAGAAAUGGAGAUUCACUUGCAGACUGACGCUGAGAAAGGCACCCUCACAAUCCAGGACACUGGCAUCGGGAUGACACAAGAAGAGUUGGUGUCCAACCUGGGAACAAUCGCCAGGUCGGGGUCAAAGGCCUUUCUGGAUGCACUGCAGAACCAGGCGGAGGCCAGCAGCAAGAUCAUCGGCCAGUUUGGAGUGGGUUUCUACUCGGCUUUCAUGGUGGCCGACAGAGUUGAGGUCUUUUCCCGCUCAGCCACCCCAGGCAGCCCUGGUUUCCAGUGGCUUUCAGAUGGGUCUGGAGUAUUUGAAAUCGCUGAAGCCUCAGGAGUUAGAACUGGGACCAAAAUCAUCAUCCACCUCAAGUCAGACUGCAGAGAGUUUGCCAGCGAGGCCCGGGUUCAAGACGUGGUGACAAAAUACAGUAACUUCGUCAGCUUCCCUCUCUACCUUAAUGGAAAGCGCAUUAAUACCUUGCAGGCCAUCUGGAUGAUGGACCCCAAGGACGUGGGCCAGUGGCAGCAUGAGGAGUUCUACCGCUACAUCGCGCAGGCCCAUGACAAGCCCCGCUACACUCUGCACUACAAGACAGAUGCCCCUCUCAGCAUCCGCAGCAUCUUCUACGUGCCAGAAACAAAACCAUCCAUGUUUGAUGUAAGCCGGGAGCUGGGCUCCAGCGUCUCUUUGUACAGCCGCAAGGUCCUCAUCCAGACCAAGGCCACCGAUGUCCUGCCCAAGUGGCUGCGCUUCAUUCGAGGUGUGGUGGACAGUGAGGACAUCCCCCUGAACCUCAGCCGGGAGCUCCUCCAGGAGAGCGCUCUGAUCAGGAAACUCCGGGACGUUCUGCAACAGAGGCUAAUAAAAUUCUUCGUUGACCAGAGUAAAAAAGACGCUGAGAAAUAUGCCAAGUUUUUUGAAGAUUAUGGCUUGUUCAUGAGAGAGGGCAUUGUGACCACUGCCGAACAGGAGGUCAAGGAGGAUAUCGCAAAGCUGUUGCGAUAUGAGUCCUCAGCACUGCCUGCUGGGCAGCUGACCAGUCUCAUGGACUAUGCCAGCCGCAUGCAGGCUGGCACCCGCAAUAUCUACUACCUGUGCACCCCAAACCGGCACCUAGCUGAGCACUCACCCUACUAUGAGGCCAUGAAGCAGAAAAACAUGGAGGUUCUCUUCUGCUAUGAGCAGUUUGAUGAGCUGACCUUGCUCCACCUUCGUGAGUUUGACAAGAAGAAGCUGAUCUCUGUGGAAACAGACAUCGUUGUCGAUCGCUACAAGGAGGAGAAGUUUGAGGACGGGUCCCCAGCUGAUGACCGCCUGUCAGAGAAGGAGAUGGAGGACCUGAUGGCCUGGAUGAGAAAUGCGCUGGGGUCACGUGUCACCAACGUGAAGGUGACUCUUCGACUAGACACCCACCCUGCCAUGAUCACUGUGCUGGAGAUGGGGGCCGCCCGGCACUUCCUGCACAUGCAGCAGCUGGCUAAGACACAGGAGGAGCGCGCUCAGAUCUUGCAGCCCACGCUGGAGGUCAACCCCAGGCACACGCUGAUCAAGAAGCUCAGUCAGCUGAGAGAGAGUGAGCCUGAGCUGGCCCAGCUGCUCGUGGAUCAGAUCUACGAGAACGCCAUGAUCACAGCGGGGCUCGUCGAUGACCCCCGGUCCAUGGUGGGCCGCCUGAACAACCUGCUUGUCAAGGCUCUGGAGCGACACUGAUGGGGACGGCUGGGCCCCUGCGGUCCAGGGGCAUGGCACAGCCGCGACGGGAGCCCCACGCUUUCCCUGCACCGCUGAAGCUCCAGGGGCGGUGACAGUGGAACUGGGUGCCUCUGCCGUGGGAAGGAAUGACUGGAUGCUACCAACGAGAACACCCUCUUUUGAGCUUUAUUUACUUAAAAAGUAUUUCCUAAUCUAA